AUUUACACGUUGCACAUGGGACGCGACCCCCCGUCAGUCCCGUCAGUUCCUCCGUCAGUUCGCGUUAAUUGAAUUUGCUUGGAGCUACUGGAGUAGGUACUGCCCGGGCUGUAUGUAUGGAAACAAGGUACCUAGGUAGGUACCUACCCCGGUAUAUCUCUAGCUUAUCUCUAGCUUAGAAAAUGGGUCGUCGAUAUUGGAUGCAUUGGAUGCAUUGGAUGCACACAAUGACGUUUUCUCCAUCUUUUUUCUCCCUUGCCCUAGCUAUAGCCAACUCAUCUUUUUUUCGUUUUCAUUUUAUUUUCUUUGCUGUUGCAUAUAUACUACAUAGUACUAUAGUAAUCUGCAGAAACUAUAUACACCGCUAGGCGAUUAGUUCGUCUUUGAUCGUCUUCGAUCGUCUUCAAAUAAAGGAAGGGGGCGUCUGUCCUGUCUGCGUCGAAGCGUUUUGAUACCUGUGUAUCUAUCCGCUAUCCGGCAUCCGAAGUGGUAGCAGCUAGGUUAGUCCAUUAACAUAUACAGAGAAGAGAAUCGUCAAGAUCGAUUUAGGUUUCUUCGGAUACUUCUUCGAAUACAUCGAAUAGCGGCUUCGUCGGUCAGCUUCGUUGGUCAAGAUGGUGUACGUGCGCCAGGAAUUCCUGCCGAAUCUAAAGGCGUACAAGUACUCGAGCGUCGACCACUCGUUGACGUCCAAGUACAUCUUAAAGCCCUUCUACACCAAUGUCGUCAUCAAGUGCUUCCCAAUGUCCAUGGCCCCGAAUCUUAUCACAUUGACGGGUUUCAUGUUCAUCGUCGCCAACUUCUUUACGCUGCUAUGGUAUAACCCGACUCUCGACCAGGACUGUCCGUCUUGGGUCUAUUACUCGUGGGCUGUUGGCCUAUUCCUAUACCAGACUUUUGAUGCGGUGGAUGGGACGCAAGCACGACGAACGAGACAAAGCGGUCCCCUCGGCGAGCUAUUCGACCACGGCGUCGACGCCCUGAAUACUUCCCUCGAAUGCAUUCUCUUUGCCGCCUCGCAGAACAUGGGGCAGAGCUGGUAUACUGUCGGCUCGCUCUUUGCCGCCCUCCAGACCUUCUACGUCCAGACCUGGGAGGAAUACCACACCGGAACCCUCACGCUGGGCAUCGUCAGCGGCCCCGUCGAAGGCAUCCUAAUCAUCGUGUUCGUGUAUGCGCUGACGGGGUAUAUGGGCGGCGCCUCAUUUUGGCAGCAGUCCAUGCUCGAAACCUUGCAUAUCCCAAAGUCCCUCGGCAUCCCCGAGUACCUGUAUAACCUGUCCUUCACGCAGUGGUACAUGGCGCAAGGCACCGUCGUCAUGGUCUUCAACACGAUCGAGAGCGCACGCAACGUCAUCCGCGCCCGUCGUGCCCGCGGCGACCGCAGUCGCUGGGCUUUGCUUGGCUUGCUGCCCUUCGGCAGUAUCUGGGUCCUCGUCGUUGGGUACUUGUACUUGCAGCCCUUAAUCCGCACCCAGCAUCUGAUCCCCUUCGCCCUGUUCGUCGGCUUCGUGAACGCGUAUAGCGUCGGCCAGGUCAUCACCGCACACCUUGUUAAGCUCCCGUUCCCCUACUGGAACGUGCUAGCGUUACCCCUAGCCUACGGCAUCAUCGACUCCCUCGGCCCUAUCCUCCAGUCGCACUUCGGCUGGGCCUCGGGCUGGCCCAGCGCUCUCGGAGACGACGUGUACCAAGUCGCUUUUAUGUUCUCCAUGUUGGGCGUCGCGAUUGGUGUGUACGGGUCCUUUGUCGUCGAUGUGAUUGUUACGAUUUGUGAUUACUUGGAUAUCUGGUGCCUUACGAUUAAGCACCCGUAUGUCGAGGUUGAGGAACAUACUAAUGGGAAGAAGGUAAAUUAGGGGGGGGUGGAAGCAAGCACAUAUUAUUCUGGGAUUAAGAGACAGGCAGACGUUUUAUUUAUUGAUUCCGCGGGGUGAAAUGUCUCCAGGAGGGCGUU